ACAAAGAUAGAGAAUGGCCCACUUAGCUUCUCCUCAUUUCCUCAUAAACAAGCUGUGCCGCAGUGUCUCUUCACAUUUCUACGAGACUCUAAGAAGGAAACUGCAAGUUAUCAUCCUUCCAGCAGAAUGCCGAGCCAGCUCGAGGGCGCGAUGGAUGCACUGAUAACAGUUUUCUACAACUACUCUGGAAAUGAUGGAGACAAAUACAAACUCAACAAGGGCGAGUUAAAGCAACUGUUAAACAGUGAGCUCACUGACUUCCUCAUGUCUCAGAAGGAUCCAAUGCUGGUGGAGAAAAUCAUGAAUGACCUGGACUCUAACAAAGACAACGAGGUGGAUUUCAAUGAGUUUGUUGUGUUGGUGGCCGCUCUGACUGUUGCCUGCAAUGACUUCUUCCAAGAGCAGAAGAAGAAAGGCAAGUAGAUGUGAAAGAAAACCCACUGUAAACUAACUGUAAAUCUUUAUCAGCAGUUUAAAAAUGUUUUAAAAUGUCAUCACAUUAAAAACAGUAAAUGUCCCAUCAGUUGAAUCAUUUAUAUUAGCAAUUCCCACUGUGUAGGAUUGUGAAUGUAAUAUUUAUGAACGUAGACGCUCAUAGCUGUCAUGUUGUCACAGAUUUUAAAAAAAGAUGUUGUUUUACCAAUUUUCAGCCUGGAGCUGUUAAACAAUGACCUUGUGAUCUCACAUCGAGCCUGUCUGAUCCAAAUUAUAGUCAUUUUUUAUAUCAGAAUGAUGUUUGCAAGCAGAAAAUACAAAGUGCCCUUUUCUUAAAUUGUCCAUAGUGUUGUCAUUGUCUUUUUUUUUUAUAGUGUUUGGAGCUGCAUUUAAUCCCAAACUUGGGUGCAUUACAGUAAAAACUCACCUCUCCUAGUUUUGUCUAUAAAAGACAGCACAGGACGCUCAUUACUGGCGAUUCAUUCAGUAGCAUUAACCUUUAAAAAGACACCCUUGUCAUCUCAGAACUUCAUCGUCAUUUAUUUUUUUGUCCCAGUAGACAUCCUAGCUGAGGCUGUCCCUGCUCUAUUAUAAAUGUCAAAAGUUAAAUAUUUCAUAAUUGUCUUUUGAAGCACAGUCACAGCCUGAUGGUGCAUUUAGUAGGAAACAAUUUUGUCCCUUGUCAGUUUUGCUGUCAGUUUAUGUUCCCCAAGGAGAAAUACCUUUAACAUUUAAUGCUUUUAAAUGUAUUUUGUGUUGCAUGAGAAAAUCCUGGCGAGUUAGAUGUUUCUUCUUUCCUGAGAUGUUUAGAAACCUUUUAAAAUUCUGACCACAAAUCUGUUUUUGAACAAUAUUUGACUUUGAGCAUUCUGUUUUAAUAUGACAGUUUAUAUGGCAAAAUAAAACACACCUAUUGGGUGACAUCAUGUAAAAACUGAAUGAAGCUACAGGAAAUAAACAGCACUAUAUCCCCUGGAAA